UCAGCUUGUAAAAGUACAUUUCAACACUGAGAAACAUCAAUAACAAUGUAAUAGCUUUUUCCUUAUUGUAUACUCAAAAUUGUGUUCAAGUGCAAACAUUACUAUUGUUAUCGUUACCUAAACAAAAUGGUCUUCAAGUGCAAAUAUUUUCAAAAUUUAACACGUAACACAUGACCCAUAAAUAAGUUAUGGAGGUAGGUCAAGUCAAAGUCGCUGAAGAUAAAGAUUUUGAGAAUUUAAAACUUCUGGUUGACAAUCAUUCAGGAUGGAAACUGGACUAUAGCAAAAAUAAUAUUCAUGUGUGGACAAAAAAUGUAUCAAAUACCAAUUUUAAAAUGGUUAAGGUCAAAGCCGUGUUUGCCGACAUAAACCCAGAGCAGCUGUAUGACGUGCUACAUGAUCCGGAAUACCGGAAGGUUUGGGACCAGCAUAUGAUCGAAGCUAAAGACAUAGGUUGUCUUAACCCCAACAAUGACGUCGGUUACUACUCCAUGUCGUGUCCUAAGCCUCUGGGAAACAGGGACUUUGUUCUUCAGCGAUCCUGGCUCGACCUGGGCAAUGAGAAGUAUAUACUAAACCAUUCUGUGUACCACUGCCAGCAUCCGCCACGUCAGGGUUUCAUCAGGGCCACUUCCUAUCUCACUGGUUACCUGGUUCGCUCAUACCCUGAUAUCCCGGGCUGUGAACUCGGCUACAUCUCUCAAACUGAUCCCCAGGGUACUCUACCUCCAUGGUUGGUCAACCGUGUCACACAGAUAUUUGGCCCCAAGCUGAUCAAGGAUCUACAGAAGGCAAGCCUUGGCUACCUAGGAUGGAAGGCCAAACACAAUCCCCACUGGAAGCCUUGGCACUAUCCGGAACAGAUACUUUCACCUCGUAUAAAAAUGCAUGAAUGCGUGAGAUCUCCUGCCGAACUGGAAUACAAAAGCGAAGCCGAUGCCAAGUUGGAGGCUGCCCUUGUCAAGCACAAAAAAAGCAAAAUGAAGAAGGAGAAAAACAAAUAAAGUGCUAGUAAGAUAAACAUAUGCAAAUUGACUUUGAAAGUCCAAUGUUAUUCUAAAGUAGUCUGUAAGCAGAUGUUUCAGUAACUUUUUCAUGAAAUUGUAUUCUUGUUUUAAAUUUUAUUUAGAGCUGUUUCUUUAAUAAACACUGUAUAAAUUGUUGUUAA